AUGCCUGGUUUUAUGGAUGCUAAAGAAGACGAAUACAUUACUGAAGAUGCAGAGUUUGGUGUUAUGAUAGCUGAGGACGACCAGCAGAGUGAGAAACACAUAUCAGUAGAUCCUUCCUCCCUCAGAGAAUCAAAUAAUCCGCUGCCGAAAACUGACGAGUUCCGUCUUCCGCCCCUUCCCUUGCCAACCAAACCGAAAUUUCUCAGCUACAGUCUGCCAAAUUCAGCUUCUUCCUCACCAAAGUUCGGUUCAAUGAUCUCAGGAAAGAAAUCAAGAAAUCUGAACCAAGUUUCUCCGCUGUCAGGCAAUUUCGCCCGGCAAGAUUCUGUUGCGCUUUCCAAUCUUGAGCGCUUAAGAGAAUCACACCUUCAGAGAAGCAAGUCGUAUGGCGAUGGAAGAACAAGCGCCCCGCCUGAAGCGCUUGACCUUUUGAUGGUAAGGUCAAGUCUGAAGGGUGAUAACUGGAAGCCUAACAAGAUUGAUUCCUUCAAGCCUGAAGUUAAGAUGGAUAGGAAAAGCAGCUACGAGGAUGAAAUGGCAGAAGAAUCGAGCAGCGAAAAUGUCAAAUGUGGAGCUUUAUGCUUGUUCCUUCCAGGGUUUAGCAAAGCUACAAAACCAGUGAGACCUAGGAAGGAGGAACCGCUAGAAACUGUAUAUUUCAAGGAACCUGCAGAGAACAACCAAGGACUUGCUGUAUCCAAGAGGGUUUCGCUGGAAAGAUUCGAAUGUGGUUCAUGGAGAUCAUCGGUCAUAUUAGAUGAUUGCGAGCUCCCAAAAGAAGCCUCCUCCAAUCUUUUCUACGAUCUUCCUCUGGAACUGAUCCGCGGCAAUGCUAAUGACACAAAUUUGCCAGUGACAACAGCUUUUGUUUUCGACAAGGAUCCAAAAGGGGUGCUCAAGAAAAGUUCAUCAAGGGGAACAUCUAGGAAAUCAACCGAUCGCCACGUUCGAUUCUCGACUUCCUCUCCAACUGCUGAUGAUCUCCAACACCAGGCCAGAGAGGACUUCAACUCAUUCUUAGCAGCUCAGAAUGCCUAAAAUAAACACCUGUAAAUGAUGUAUCUCAAGUCCUAUAUACAAGGAUUGAUAUUUAAUCCUCC